UUUAAAAAAGCUAAUAAAUCAGUUUCAAGCUUCAUCACAACUGGGCGUGUAAUCGUCUGUGUUUCCUCUCUGCCAUCAUUGUUCCACGGCUACAAUGGCUUUCGAAAAUGUCCCACGUAUGAAGCUAGGAAGCCAGGGAUUAGAGGUCUCCAGAUUGGGUUUUGGUUGUACUAGUUUGACUGGAGCUUACAGUGCCCCUUUACCAGAGGAAGAUGGAAUUGCAGUCAUAAAAUAUGCUUUUGAGAGAGGCAUUACAUUUUUUGAUACUUCGGAUAGAUAUGGAACUAACUCCUCGAAUGAAGUCUUAGUUGGAAAGGCAUUGAAGCACUUACCUCGAGAUAAAGUACAAUUAGCAACAAAAUUUGGUAUAUACAUGAUUACAGAAACAGAGCUCGUGGCUAAGGGUACACCAGAAUAUGUUCACCAAUGCUGUGAAGCCAGCCUUAAACGCCUUGAUGUGGAUUAUAUUGAUCUUUACUAUCAACACAGGGUGGAUACAUCAGUGCCCAUAGAGGAAACUAUUGGGGAACUUAAAAAGUUGGUGGAAGAGGGAAAAGUUAAGUAUAUUGGGUUGUCUGAAGCUAGUGUGGAUACCAUAAGGCGUGCACAUGCUGUGCACCCAAUCACGGCUGUACAACUCGAGUGGUCCUUAUGGUCUCGUGAUAUUGAAGAUGAGAUAAUCCCUUUAUGCAGGAAACUUGGUAUUGGGAUAGUGCCCUAUAGCCCUCUUGGUCGUGGCUUCUUUGCUGGGAAGGCAGUUUUGGAAAGUCUGCCUAAAGAAAGUAGUUUGGCAGCUCAUCCAAGGUUCAAGGGAGAAAACCUUGAAAAGAACAAGAUCCUAUACACGCGCAUUGCAAACUUGGCUACUAAAUAUGAUUGUACCCCUGGUCAACUGGCUCUUGCAUGGGUUCUGUAUCAAGGCAAUGAUGUGGCUCCUAUCCCAGUGACGAUGACAGGCCUCGACCCGUUUUUCAAUUAGUUAGUAGUUUUUGAAGAUGUCAGUGGGAAUGGAAGCCACAACUGAGAUAUAAGGUGUACUAGCACCACGACCUCGGCCUUUUUCCUACUAUAUCUCAUUAUUACACAUUACAUGCUUGUGAUUCGGCCUAAAAAUGAGACUGGUUUUCAUUUUAUGUCCCUUUUCUUUUGCUUUAUGGUCCACCCAAUGGGUCACUUAUAAUGCGAUUAUCUUCAUUGCAUUUGGGUGCAUUAUCCAGGGACAAGUAAGGUUAAAAACCUCAAUGAGAACCUUGGGUCCUGGAAGUUGAAGCUCUCCGAGGCUGAUAUCAAAGAAAUUGCAUAUUCUGUGCCCAUUGAUGAAGUUGCGGGCUCCCGAUCCUGGACUCUUAUACCGGAUUCCCUUUGGAUGUCUGCAGAUACCCCUCCAAAACGAUAACUGUUUGCGUGCUCAAUGGUUCAAGAUAGGGGUGGGUCCGGUCCGGCUGGAUCAAGACCCAACCCGAAGUGUAUUCGGGUCCAAGCUUUGGACCCGGACCCAACCUGUUGGGUCCAAAAGUUGGACCCAUACUCCUACCCAUCGGGUGUGGUAAGGUCCCUCACUAUGAGCUUUUUUUUUUUACCUUUUUUUUCUAUAUUAUUGGCAACGAAAGUCACAAUCACCUGCCAUUAGAUUGCAAACAUUUGUUGUUUAAUAGUUAAAGAUGACUACGAGUUCUUAUUGUA